UCAGCCUCUCAAAAUCCUUCCCUCUGGGCCUUUCCCAUAAGCACAUUCUUACAGGAGCAUAUAAAAGACCCAUGCAUCUCAGCAGAACAGUUCUCUAGCUGCCACGGGAGGCCAAGGCACAUGGCAGAUCUCACAGGUGGAGAGCUCGUCCCCAAGGCUGAACGCUGAUUUCAGACUCCAGUCACAAGCUCCAGGUGGCUCUGCCUGUGCUUCUGACUGUGUCCCCAGGAUGCCUCCUCAAAUUUGAUCAUCUUGCUGGAGAUGCUCAGUAACUCAAGGGAACACUUGGUUAUUUCAAGGGACACAGAUGAAAGAGCGCUCAGAGCAACAAUGAAAGUCCUUCUGCGCCUCCCAGCCCUCCUGGCUUCCCUGACCUUGCUCCAGAUGGCAGCAUCUACCAGAAACGCUACAAGAACUGCCACCAUCCGUGAAACAGUGGAUGAGGUCAAGGUCCAGGUCAACAAGGCCUUCCUGGAUUCCCGGGACAGGCUGAAGACUGACAUGAGCAACCUGGCUCCUACCGUCCGUCACCUCUCAGGGUACCUCAAGCAAGCCAAAGGCCGGACACGCACAGCCAUCCGCGUCGGGCAGGUGUGGGAGCAGUCUCUAAAAAGACUGAGGAGGAUGGUGCCCUUGACCAAUGUCACAGGCCAAGGCCUGGACUUGACUUCGCUCUCUUGGGAAGUGGGCUGUGGUCACCCGGCUCCGACAGUGACUUGCAACAUAAGCAACCCUUACCGGACCAUCACUGGAGACUGUAACAACAGGAAGAAUCCAGAGCUGGGAUCCGCCAACAGGGCGCUGGCUCGAUGGCUGCCCGCAGAGUAUGAAGACGGGCUCUCCCUCCCCUUCGGGUGGACGCCAGGGAAGACGCGGAACGGCUUCCCUCUACCGCAGCCCCGUGACGUCUCUAACCAGGUCCUUGACUAUCUGAAUGAGGAGGAAAUUCUGGACCAAAACAGAUCUCUGCUCUUCAUGCAGUGGGGUCAGAUCGUGGACCACGAUCUGGACUUUGCCCCUGAAACUGAGAUGGGGAGCGACAACUACUCCAAAGCCCAGUGCGAUGAACUCUGCAUCCAGGGAGACAACUGCUUUCCCAUCAUGUUUCCCAAGGGUGACCCUAAAUUGAAGACUCAGGGGAAAUGCCUGCCUUUCUUCAGAGCUGGAUUUGUCUGCCCUACAUCACCUUACCAAUCCCUGGCCCGAGAACAAAUCAAUGCUCUAACUUCUUUCAUGGAUGCUAGCAUGGUGUAUGGUUCUGAGCCAAGCCUGGCAAAUCGACUUCGAAACCUCAGCAGCCCCCUGGGUCUCAUGGCUGUCAAUGAAGAGGUCUCAGAUCACGGACGGCCCCUCCUGCCUUUUGUCAAUGUGAAGCCCAGCCCCUGUGAGGUCAUCAACAGAACGGCUGGCGUUCCCUGCUUCCUGGCAGGAGACUCCCGCGCCUCGGAGCAGAUUUUGCUGGCCACAUCCCAUACGCUGUUUCUCCGGGAGCACAACCGACUGGCCAGAGAGCUGAGCAGACUCAACCCCCAGUGGGAUGGUGAGAAGCUCUAUCAGGAAGCCAGGAGAAUCAUGGGAGCCCUCAUACAGAUCAUCACCUUUAGGGACUAUCUCCCCAUCCUACUGGGUGAUGAGCUACAGAAGUGGAUACCCCCGUACCAAGGCUACAAAGAAACUGUAGACCCGAGAAUUUCCAAUGUCUUCACCUUUGCUUUCCGCUUUGGCCACCUGGAGGUCCCCUCGACUGUGUCCCGCCUGGAUGAGAAUUAUCAGCCAUGGGGUUCAGAACCUGAGCUCCCCCUGCACAAGCUCUUCUUCAACACCUGGAGGGUGGUCAAAGAUGGUGGAAUUGAUCCUCUGGUUCGAGGCCUGCUGGCCAAGAAGGCCAAACUGGCGCAUCAGGAUAAAAUGAUGACGGGGGAACUCCGCAACAUGCUGUUCCAGCCGAAUCACACCGUUCACGGCUUCGACCUAGCUGCCAUCAACAUACAGCGCUGCCGAGACCACGGACAGCCUGGGUACAACUCCUGGAGAGCUUUCUGUGGCUUGUCACAGCCAAAGACCCUAGAAGAGCUGAGCGCUGUGCUGAGAAAUGAGGUGCUGGCCAAGAAGCUGAUGGAUCUCUAUGGAACCCCUGAUAACAUUGAUAUCUGGUUAGGGGCCAUCGCUGAACCCCUGGUCCGCAGGGGUCGGGUAGGGCCUCUGCUGACCUGCCUCCUGGGUCAGCAAUUCCAGCGGAUCCGAGAUGGGGACAGGUUCUGGUGGGAGAACCCUGGGGUCUUCACAGAGAAGCAGCGGGACUCUCUACAGAAGAUGUCCUUUUCGAGACUGGUCUGUGACAACACUGGCAUCAACAAGGUCCCGCUGAACCCAUUCCAGCCCAACAGCUACCCCCACAGCUUUGUGGACUGCUCUGCUAUCGAGAAGCUUGACCUCACCCCCUGGGCCUCAGUGAAGAAGUAGGAACCUCCUGCCCACGGCUUCCUACACGGCAGAUGCCCGUGGUCCAAGAUGUCAUUUCAAACAAGUUCAAUAACCUGUUCCUUUCAAGUUGGGCACCCAAGUUCAUUUCUCACACCCUCCAGAUAAUGAUCAGAGGCCACCUCAGCCUUUCUUGCUCUCCCACUCAGGUCCCACCACUUCUAAGCCACCGUCACAGCCUGUGGAAACCACCUGCUCAAGACGCCCCUCCGGCUUGUCAGGUGUCACCUGCCCUCUGCAUGAAUGAGCACUGGCUGAAGCUGUGACCUCUGACCUUUAUGUUUCCUCCUCUCCUCCAGACUAGAGGACAAGUACCCUGAGCCAGAGACUGUCACCUGCUUCUAGGUGUGGCUUGUGGCACUCAGCAUGGCGUUCAUACAAAGGGCUCAAUAAAUAUCCAACUGUUCCUUCCCAGGGGCAGGCUUUGCAA